AUUUAUGUUGUAUGAUGGGUUUGAAGGAUAUUCAAGGAGUGUAGAAAAUAUCGCGGAAGUCCACAGUUUAGGAUCUCCGCCAUGUGUUAGUUGUGGAAAUUCAAGUUUGUUUACACUAACGAUAUUGAUGUUGCCCUUAAAUUUCCUAUUUGUGUGGAGGAGUUCCCUGAAGACUCCUGUAACAUGCAGACAAUAGAAGAAGCCGGUGGUCUGAUCUGCGACCCUCACAUCACUGUGCUCACUGAAGAAACUGUUGUUGAGGAUGCAGAUUGCAGUCAUAAAUACUAUGAAGACAGACAGUAUGAGUUUGAGUUUUCUCAGCCAGUUUCAGAUCAGAAUGCAGUGGAAUAUGCAGAUGACUUGCAGCUACACGAGCGUCUACAGCCACGUGUAGCCGUUCACCUCCUAGAGAAUGUUCCUGAGGAACGCUGUCUUAACAUUGCUCCUGACAAACCACAGCACGGAGACUGGUACGUCUACAGCUACUUGCACGAUCUAAAACGGCGAAGAUUGUGGCAGAGAGACGGACAUUCUUGGAGAAACUACGGCCUUAGAAAGGAAAAAUACAAGGGCAGACUUCUUCACAAGCGUUAUUUCAGGCAAAUAAACGGCAGCAAUCUUUCACGAAUCGUGUACGAAGUUGUAGGUGAUCAUUACCUGCCAAGGUUUCUGGUGCAAUACAUCGACGAUUCACGAGUUCCAAAGGGCGUGGCAAUCCUCGCCAGCAACGCCAGUGUCAGCAACACUAUGACCGGAAAACAACGCAAACAUUCCAUCCGCAAAGAUGCCAUGCGCCGUAGACUCUACACUAUGCUCACUGAUUGGCAAGCCUCGGAACUUCUGGUGAAGACUGUCAAAGGUAGCUGCUGCACUACACCUGCAAACAAACCUACUAAUGGCUACUGGUACAUCUUCAAGUAUGGGCAAGAUCAAACCCGUUCAGAUCUCUGGAAAGAAGACGGCUUACAGUGGGUACAGCACAGUUCAAGUGCUGUGCAUGUGGGUUCCAGGCUUCUGCUCAAGAGGCAGUUUAUCCGAUACGUGGACGGCGCUCGAGUAGACUUCAUUCGACGGUCAUAUGAGUUUGUUGAUCCAGCCGCAGCUUCUCUUGCUGGGCUGGGAUCUCUCAGCACUGAGCAGGUGGCCCAACAGACGUCGUCAACCACCCGGCGACCAGAACCUAUUGACUGCGAGACUGGAAACACUGUGGCCUCCGAUGACGUCUUUGCCGUGGACGAGGAUGAUAACGACGAGUUUGUUGGGUUCGAUUCUCCGGACCCAAAGGAAAGUAAACGGGAAGUGAAAAAAACAUCUCAAAAAGCCAAUGGAAAUGUUUCAGUAGAUGAAGAUACGCAGAAAACGCGAAAUGGUUGGAAAUGGUCACCAAGCCCGCCCACAAAGGAAAAUAAAACUACUAAAGUAAUCAUCAAAGAGGAAGACCCAUUCGACAACGGCAGUAGUUUUGAUUCCCAGGAGGUGCCUGACGUGACGUUCAAUCGCGUCUUAGUACACUACUUGGGUCAUGAUGAUGCUGUGGACAUGCCGGCACCUAAACCGAAGAAGAUGACAAAGGCUGGCGGAUCCAGACAGGCUCAAGUUGCUUUGUGCCGUGCAGUGCCUCUCACCUGCACAGAUGGCACCUUACAGACGUCGAACGUGGGACCUAAUCGCGGCAUCCAUCGUCGCCUGCACCCCCGCGAGGCUGCACAUCUGCUGCAGGUCACUCCGCAACACGAGUGUGUGCCGUACCUGCCUUUGCCCCAUCCUAGGGCAGGACUCUGGUGCGUGCUAGAGAGUGAGGUGGAGGACGGCAGCGCGUCUAGCUGGAGUAGCGACGGCUACAACUGGCGACUGCUGACGAGCGUGGCGUUGGGUGUCGGCGACGAGUCGCUGCUAAUCAAGCGCUACCGACGGACUGUUCGGGGACAGGGUGUUCAUUUGUACCGCUAUGCCUACUGCCUUGCCCACUGUGAUCGCGCUCGAGUCUUGGUGCAUUACAUUGGCCUUGAUGACGAGCCUGAAACUUUCCAGUCUCCCCAAGAUUUUUCUGGCGCCCCACCUGUGCGCUGUAAGGAAGAAGGUGCCGUAGAUGAAACAGGAUUCCUAGACGCAGACACCUGGCCUCAGGUCAGAGAAGAAGACUACCGACAUGGCAAGUGGCAGUAUCUGCAGGAUGAGGAGGAGCAGCCAGAUACCACGACCGUGCUUAACAAGGAUGGCCUUAGCGUUAUGGUGAUCACGCGCCUGCUUAUCCCUCUGGAAAUAGCUACCGUGAUCCACCUCCUGGAAGACACUCCAGAAGAAGACUGUCUCACUUUUGCUCCAGGCAAUCCUAAGAAUGGACAUUGGUUCGUUUUUACCUACGCGGGUCUCCACCCCAUUUGCCAGAAGGGCUGGAAGAAAGACUACUACCGCUGGAGACACAAUGGCACUCACAAACGAGUUAUCCAGGAUAAAAAUCUCAAUAUCCGUUACUAUAAGAGAAUUGUCACAGGGCGUGGUGCGCACUUUAUGCGCUAUACUUACGAAAUACUCGAUGAGGAAGGUAACAAUGUUCUUCAGCGCAUGCUUGUUCACUACCUUGGACGUGACGACAUUCCUGAACCAGCAUCCAGCUACUCACCGAAGUUGCGAGCUAAACUUGGCAUCGGAGCUUCUGUGUUCGUGAAAGUUGGAGACCUCAUGGAAGGCCAGUUCUACACCGUCAUGUGCAGUCGAUUUAUUCCUGAUCUCGACGUCUUGCCUGCAGAAGAUCCUGCUGAACCGACUGCGCUUGGCGGUAGCUAUGGUUCGGUGAUGGAACAGCAAGACCACAUGUUUGUUGAUUCUCAGUACGGUGCCAUAAUGAAGCCCCGGAGAAGCACCAAGCCUCGCGCAAUUCAGUCCGGCAUUGACAAAUCUAACAACUUUUUCCUUGAAGAAGUCCUCCCAUCGCCAGAUUUGCCAUCCUGUGUCGUUGAAGAGGCGUCAUCGCGUUAUCCGUCAGAAGAAGCGGAUUCCUCUGUUGACAGUGGAAUGCCGUACGUAUAUCGUGUUGGCCGAAGCGUCAUCGACUUGGUAUAUGACUUCCUGUACAAAAUCAAAGAGUCUCACUACAUAUUUUUCCAAGUUAUUCCCACAACCAUCGUUGUUAUAGCUUGCAAAUCUAACAUGAAUGAGUAUAAAGCAAUGCGCGUCGCGUCAAAUGCAAACCUUGUUGUCUAUUAUGACAAAACAUGGAUGGUUGACAACUUGUACGUUAGCUCACUCUACACCAAACACAUCAUGUGCGAGUCUGAGACUUUGUUCCCUCUAGCAUUUGCUAUUCAUGAGCUAGAUGAUGCAAGCUCCCACCGCACAAUCCUGGAACAAAUGCUGAUGAGCUGUAAGGCCUUGGAUUCCGCCGACACUGUAAUCCUCACAGAUGCAUCUCCAAGCCUACUGAGCGCCUGUGCCGACUCACUGCCUAAGUGUAUUCGUGCAUCAUCCUGGACAAACAUUCUGGAGGCCGUCAAUCUUUGGUUCAGCCGAAAUGAGCCAAAUUGCGAUAGCUGGACUGCAACUGUCGAUUCUGUUGCUAAGCUUCUGCGAACACGGUCAUUUGACGAGUACUCGCUGAAGUAUCAAGAGUUUUCUGCCGUUUGGAUACCCGAUUUUCGCGGUUUCUAUGACGAAACGUUGUCUGACGUAGUGAUAGCUAGCAAUGCUGGAAGCCUUCAAACUUUGGGCAUGUAUUCAAAGCACGGACUGACCAUAGCUGGCCUACGUGACUUCUUGGAGCAGAUGGGUUUCCUUUUUUCUGACGUCGAGUGUUCAACGUUGGAUUCUCUGACAAACAUGAUCUACUACGUCCUCUACUACUACCACAACGAAAUUGAGAAGGGGAAGCUAAAGGAAGUUGGGACUGCUUUCCGAAGAAAGAAACGUUUCUUCUCAUCAAUGAUCAAAAAGAAAUGUUUCUUUCCCAGCCGAUGUGCUCUGCCUGAAGAUGUUGCUGGUUCGAUCCUGGUGAAAAUGAGGGUACCUGCAUUCGCGAUGAAAAAGGAGCCCGUCCACUCGUCAAUAUUCGACACUGAUGAAAACGUGAGAGAGCUUGUCAACAUUGAGGUUGACGUCGACUUGGAUGGAAACAUUGGCAUUGGUGAGGAAGAAUUUGAGCAAAUCACAAUUCUUGAAAGCGAUCCUCUAGAAUUAAAAGCUGAAAAAAUAACCUGCGUCACAGAAACUGUUGAGGGAGAACCUAUGGUGUAUUCUCAGAGAUCCACCGAUGAUGAAAUGGAAGAGCCUGAACGACGUCUUGGUCGAAGCAAGAGGCCAAGACUGAGAUUGGCCUCAAAUGCAGUGCUGUUUGAUCAGUAUGACGACGAUAAGUCAGAAGAUUUCGUUCCUGGCUCCGUGAAACGCAGAGGUCGCCCGAGGAAACUGAAACAUGACUCAGGUUCGCCACUGCGUAAACCAGUGACAAAGCGUUUCAAGAAGACGGACUCCUCGAGAAAUAAUAAAAAUUCUUACGAAAAACGGAAGAAGAUGGUCAAUUUGGGUCAUUCUUUGUGGAUAUCCGGCAGAGUUUCAUUCGACCCUGGCGCCGAAACUUACUUCGUGAGCGGUGGGCGAGGGGCUGUCGAGUGCGUUCAGUUGACUCCUUCCCAUCAUUGCUCUUGUGGUGCUAGGGAUCGCUGCAAGCAUAUCAUUGCUGCGCUUCUCGAGAGCCUUUGUUUUGAAGAUGAAUCCGAAGAUAGAAGUAUCUUCAGCAGCCAUAGCAAAAAGAAACUCCCAGUUCUCCAGUCAACCACAUUAGAUCUACAGUUUGAAGAUGAUGAAGAAUUUGGACAUGAAGAAACCGUGUUCUUGGAGCCUAGCUUUGACGUAGACCUUUAAUUUCAAUAACACGUUCUGGCUUUUACCUUCUGAGUGAUUCUGAGAAUUUUUUUCUACAUGAACUUCUUCAAUUUUGAUAGACCACGAUUUAUUGUUAUUGUAUGGAUUGAUUUAAUAAGUGUCUGUUUCAUUGCCACAUUUUUUCGCAACUUGACUUCCCAAAAUUUCUGUCCUAUGAACAGAUGUGAAAAGCUUAAUAGUAAGUAUUUCGCGAAAAUUUCUCUUGUAAAAUUCUUGUAGCCUUCUUGUAGAGUAGUAGUGUAAAUAUGUGUAUAUCGAAAAAGCUGAAAUUUUCAUUACACAUUGCAACUUUCUGCCAUAUAUAAAAACUUAGAGGACUUAAGUAGUCCGCUGUUCGUAGGUUUAGUUUCUUAGCGUUUCUUUGAUUACUUCUCAGUGGCUCAACGGAAGCUAUCAAGUUACCAGACUUAGUUGAGAGGAACCAUUCAACUGAAAAUUAGAAGACAAUUUAAAGUGUAGCUUGCAUGUCUAGCUAUGUAUAAAUGUGUUUGGUUAUAUUACCCAACAUAUAUAAAUGUUGGGUUGCUGUUAGAUGCACUCUACUAGUAACAUGUGUUGGCAUUAUCUACGUUUUACAAUGAAUCGUUCAUGUUAACUUACUAUGCUUCGGAUUAGGUUUUCAAUUAAUUUUUGCGAGCCGUUAAAAGGAAACUUAAUUUUUUUUAUGACUGGAAUAAUUCGAUUUAAGGUCGAUGAUUUGACAUGUUUAAUUACUGUUUGUUUUUGAGUCUCAAUGAUGAGAAAUUUAAUUAUUACAUCCAGAAUAACUUAUAAUCCUGUGGUGUCUCUUACGUUUUUAUUGAUAAUAUAUAAUUGAUUCGGUUUCUAGAACGACUUCGAAAAUAAAAGAGAAAUAAUUUAACUUUAUUUUCAGUCUAUUUUCUUGUCUGCAAUUUGGCAGGAAAUUAGUAGGUGUCGAUUUCAAUGCUACUUAAUAUCUUCAAUUUUAUUGUUAAUUACAGUUUCGUCUCCUGCAACACUUCAGAUCAAGGGAAUACGAUCAUUGACUAUUUCCUGCAUCACGGGUUUGAUAGAGGGCUCACGUGACUGCUUUUGUCGUUUUUGUUUCCCAAUUUAGUGUAACAGUCUAAAGUUAAUGUUUUCUACGCGUUUUUCUUUAAUACGAGUACGUUUCUUCCCACCAACUGAAAUGAUUAUAGAAAACCAUUGUCUGGCUAGUGCUCUCCUCUAUGAGAGAAUGACUAUGUAUAUAAAAAUUAUCCUUGGACACCGUCGCUCUCAACACCGGUUUCUAUUCAUGUAAGUCAUUGAAGUUUUCCUCGUGGGAGUGAUGCUCUAUAUUAAAAAAAAAAAAACAAAAUUUGUACCGAAAUUGUCAUAUUUGUUUACAUUUACAGCCAUUUCAUCUAGAGGACAGGUUUUCAAUUCGCCGAAAUUUUUUCAGAUUUUUGAAAGAUUUUUGUUGCUUUAGCACGGACUCUGUUUUUGGUAUGUAUUGUUGCUGUAUAUUCAGCUGUCGAAUAACCAAUCUUGUGUAAUUAUGGAUUUGCCGUGGCACAAUUUAAAAUUACAUUAUGUUCAGUUUCUGCAAUCGAAAUGACUUGAAGGCUCAGCUUUUACUUUGAGCUAGAUAAAGGUUUCAUAAUUUAAACUAAUCUUACACUCUCGCUUCUCGAAAUAAUGUACAAGCUUCUAAAAUACAUUGGUUUAUCUCC